AGAUGGUGCAAGCACAGAAGAUCGGUUCCCUACUGUUUUGCGGGGAUUGCGGUACAUUACUCGAUGUUCCCAAGGCUGACGAGGGUACGGUGAACUGUGAACAAUGUGGUCAUGAAGAGCCAGCCAGUUCAUACGAAAAUAUCGAGAUCACGACACGCUCGCAUCCUGACGCGUUUCCUUCGGCGCUGAGACAGAAGCGGAAAACUCAGACGAAGACGCACGAGGCUACGGAAGGACUGCUGAAGGUCACGGAGAAAUGCCCAGAGUGCGGACACAUGGAAGCCUUCUCAAAAGAGAUACAGAUGCGGAGCGCGGACGAGGGGUCGACUAUCCUGUACACAUGUGUUGCGUGUAAGCACGGCUGGCGUGUCAAUAACUAGUGGAUCAUACGUGGCCAGUAGCAUACAUGUCCACCUAUGUCCACGAACGCGUUCUGCGUGAGGUCGAGUUUUUGGGUCGGGCGUGGGAGUCUACACGUAUACACCGACUGAGCAGAAGAGAGCGACGACGCCGACGCCUGCGAGUGAGCUUGCCGUGAAAGCAACGGCGGACUCGCGCAGAGGCAGGGUAUCCUUAGAAAGACUGUAGAUAUCGUGAGUAUCUAAAUUAGAGAUUUGUGUAGAAUGAGAAGGACGGGCGUACGUGGAGAAGUAGAAGGCGAGAGCGAACGUGGUGGCGAGGAAGAAGAAGGCGAUGUAGGGCAGGACGGCGACGGCGACGUAGGGCGUGAACGCCGGGGUCGACUUGUGGAGGAGCUGUCGAGGAAGGUUAGCAGGAUGGAGCAGACAUGGAGGGAGUGCCUUGCCUUGACAGCGUUGUAGUCCAUGAUGAGCAGUGUGCAGCUCCAGGAGCGGUGGCGCUGACGUAUUGAGCGGUGACGCAAACACGUGUCCUUUGCGAGCAUAUCAACCCGCCUGCGCCCGCCCUUCCUCUCGCCUCACUCCUCGCUCACGACCAUCACCUCUCAAAACUUCC